AAAAAACACAAGUAGCUUAAUUUAAAUAAAAAAUUGUUCAUGUAUAUGUCCAACUCCCAUAAGCAAGUCCGAAAUCAAUGUCCCUUUUCCUUUAUAUGCACUUACCAAAACUAACAUUAUAACUAAUGUUUUUGGCACAUGUUGAGGCUUACUUUAAAUCAAAAGUAGAUUAUAUAUGCGUUUACUUUAGUUCUUAACUUCUCCAUUGAUUUGUUCCAACUAAUUACAGGUGUAUAUGCGUUUACUUAAGCUCUUACCUACUAGUCCAUUGACUUUUGGUCCAACUAAUUACAGCUCUUAAUCAGUUAAUUAAGUCCAAAAAGUAGCAUUAGGGUCAAUUGCAUAAUUGGUUACAUCCAUUUUCCUGACCUGUCUCUCUGCAGCCUGUGUAAAUGGCGGUAUCCAUCCCUGUUCUCAUUGUAAUCAGUUUGCUUCACAUCGUUGCCUUUGUUCUCGCCAUAGGUGCUGAACGUAAUCGUAGCAAGGCAAAGGUUGUUACAGAUGGUAACUUUGAUUACAAUUACUGUUUAUAUUCCUCCAGUCCAUCGACGUUAUAUGGACUAGUGGCGUUUAGUCUGGUGUUGGUUAGUCAAAUGGUCGUUAACAUCGUCACGAAGUGUCUGUGUUUCAAUAAGGGUGUCGAGAGAUGUAGUUUGAGAUGCUCGGUCGCCACCUUCUUCUAUAUCAUCUCAUGGGUUAGCUUUUUGGGUGCCGAAGUAUGCUUACUGGGGGGAUCAAUCAAGAAUGCCCAGCAAACCAAAUACCGCACACUUAAUUUUGGAACUACUACUGACCUGUCAUGCGAGACUCUGCACAAGGGGGUCUUUGCUGCUGGAGCGAUAUUUGUGUUCCUAUUACUGAUAGCAUCUGUUGUUUAUUAUUGGGUACAUUCCAUGCAAGAUGCGGUUGACUCAGAACAUCUUCAAGACGAAAAACUACCUAUGAUCUCUUCUGAUUGUAAUUCGACUUAGGUGUGAGUUUCUUGAUUAACAAAUAGGGAAAGGACUGCCGCAAGUAUCACCAACUUUUCUAGCAUUAGGAGCGUUGAUAAAAUUCUGCAACUUCGGGUUCUUGAUGUACUUGCAAAGGCAAGGUCGUUGUUCCUUGAUCUUUCCACAGCAAGUUUCUGAUGGGGCGUCGGAUGCUAAGAUUGCAGUGGCACAUGGGACUAGGUUAAUGGGGUUACAGUCCGUGGCUGCUUCAGUUGACAACCGAGAGCUGUUGAAGAGCACCACAAACACAAUGCAGAAUAGCAACCUAAGCAAUUUCAUGUUCUGAAACAAAUAUUUAACACCACUCAUGAUUUAGGAGCAUAUAGUGUCCAAUGUUGUAGUCAAAUUAUGCAAAAUUUGAGAGUUGUUCUUCAAGAUUGUCUAAUAAUAAUGAAUGUUAACAUCAAUUACAAAAAAUGUCAUACUUAUAGUAAUCCAAA